CGUUUGCCUCUCUCCCAGGCUCAAUCCCUUUCUCCUAACUCUUAAGACUGCAGCCUGCAAGCACACACCUGAUACAAACAUCUUUUGAAAGGUCCAGCCUCAACCAGACGCAAAGAUGUGCGACCAGACGUUUUUGGCCAUCACGUUUGGCCCGUGUGAUAACUGCAGUCAGAACAAACCUCUGAUGAAUAUUUAUCUGAAGAAUGAGCCCAUCAACUACUGCUCCCUGUGUGUGGAGCUGAUGGCCUGUCAGGGACUAGCGAAGGGGGAAACCAUCCACACGCUGAAAACGGAGUCUGAGACUUUGAAAGCCAAACUAGAAGAGGAGAGAGCUAAACUACACGACGUCGAACUGCAUCAAGUGGCAGAGAAGAUAGAGGUUCUGGGUCAAUUUGUCAUAUAUAUAUAUAUUAAUAAUGUGAUGUGUUGUCUGCAAGAUAUCCCUUUAAUUGUCUAUGGAAAUUGUAAUCUUCUAUAUGAAUGCAGGUAUUACCCUAGCGGAGAUGCUUUUGCAACUGGAUCUGAUGAUGCUACGUGUCGCCUGUAUGACCUGCGAGCUGACCGCGAGGUUGCCAUCUACUCCAAAGAGAGUAUCAUAUUUGGAGCCUCUAGUGUGGACUUUUCCCUCAGUGGCCGAUUGCUGUUUGCAGGAUAUAAUGACUACACCAUUAACGUCUGGGAUGUCCUGAAAGGUACCAGAGUGGCAAUUCUCUUUGGCCACGAAAAUCGGGUCAGCACCAUCAGAGUGUCCCCUGAUGGGACCGCGUUCUGCUCAGGAUCAUGGGACAGCACUUUGCGGAUCUGGGCUUGAAGAGUUCUUCUGCACCAGUGUGAGAAGAUAUUUGUACUUUGGCUUCUCAGUAUCACAGCACACACUGGGACUUAUCUAGAGAUUCUGACUUUUUUAUUAUCUUAGCACAAUUCUCUUUUCCUUGGCUUCUCACCAAU